AUGCCGAAAGUAAAGCGAAGCAGGAAGCCUCCUCCAGAUGGAUGGGAGCUUAUAGAACCUACAUUGGAUGAGCUUGAUCAGAAAAUGAGAGAAGCUGAAACUGAGCCCCAUGAAGGAAAGAGGAAAGUGGAGUCUUUGUGGCCAAUAUUCCGUAUUCAUCAUCAAAAAACUCGAUAUAUAUUUGACCUCUUUUACAAGAGAAAAGCUAUAAGCAGAGAAUUGUAUGAUUAUUGUAUCAGAGAGGGGUAUGCAGACAAGAAUCUUAUUGCAAAAUGGAAGAAACAAGGUUAUGAAAACUUGUGUUGCUUACGCUGCAUACAGACCAGAGAUACAAAUUUUGGAACCAACUGCAUUUGUCGAGUCCCCAAGAGCAAGCUUGAAGUGGGAAGAAUUAUUGAGUGCACACAUUGUGGCUGCAGAGGAUGCUCUGGAUAA